AUGAAGAGAGUUCUUUUGGUAAUUUGCAAAGUUGGCCAACUCUUGAGAUUCAGAGCAUUGAGGACUAAAGGUCAUGCAGGAGCUCAUCCGAAUCAACCCACAAGUCAUAGUGCAGCAGACUUAGUCUGGGCAGAGAAUCAGUUGAUAAAAUGGGACCAAGAAUCUCAUUUUCCGGAGCUCAUUCAGGAUCUCAUGAACAACAAAGCAGUGACCAUCAACAGCGCAGCAAUGAAAAAGUUGCACCCGUUUCUGGAUGAGGAGAGAAUUUUAAGGGUCGGUGGCAGAUUGGGACAUCUGGAUGAUGACUAUAACACCAAAUAUCCAAAAAUUCUCCCACGCAGUGAUUUGACAAAGCUUAUCAUCCGAGAGAUGCACUUAUCACUAUUGCACCCCGGGCCACAGCUAUUGCUAGCUCAUUGUCGAAGAAGGUACUGGCCAAUAGGUGGACGUCAUAUCACAAGAAACGUUGUCCACAUGUGCAAGGCGUGCUUCGUGCACAAAACUUCUCGAGAAAAUCAGAUAAUGGCAGACUUGCCUAAGCACCGAAUUUCGUUGGUAAGGGCAUUUUCCAGCGUGGCCAUUGAUUGCUGCGGGCCAUUCUUUAUUAGAACAGGCGCCGAGUCCCGUGGACGCACUCAAAGGAUCGACAUAGUUGUCUUUGUAUGCACCUCAACCAAGGCAGUCCACCUGGAAAUUGUAAGCAGUUUGUCAUCAGAAGCAUUCAUGAGCAGCUUCAGACGAUUCACUUCACGUAGAGGAGUUUGCAAAGAAGUGUUCUCAGAUAACGGAAGGAAUUUCCUAGGAGCAUCACGUGAACUUCAACGUCUGUUAGCAGAAGAAGCUCAAACCAUUCAAGACCAAACAAUCAACCAGAACAUUACCUGGCACUUUCAACCGGCUCGUUCUCCGCACUUCAACUCUUCACUUCAUUUUUUGCUUUUGGCACCACCGACUCAGUUGCCUGAUGAAAAUCUUGCAUCCGUGAGGAUGAACCACUUGACAAGAUGGCAAUUGUGUCAGCGGAUUGUACAAGAUUUUGUGAGAAAGUGGAGGCUAUCCUACUUGCACACACUUCAAGAGCGUUCGAAAUGGCACACGGAGAAAGUGAACCUGAAGGUGGACGACAUUGUGAUUCUGCACGAUGCUUCCAUAGGAAACACCAAAUGGACAACAGGAAGAGUUGUUGGAGUUCAUACUGGAGCGGACGGGAAGGUGAGAGUUAUUGAUAUAAAAACCCCGACAGGAACCUAUACCAGGUCAGUGACUAAAGUCGCCAAACUUCCAACAUGUGAGAGUCACAAUCUCCCCCGGGAGCAUGUAUAG